CUUUCGGUUCACCUUUCCGGGCGGCGGGUGGCGCGGCGCAGCGCCGCCGCGAUGUCUCCGCGGCCUCGGACGCGGCCCUUCGGCUCCGCACAGGAAAUGCUUGACCGAGUGUGUCACCGGAUCGCGCCGGCCUCGCCGCCGCCGCGCUGACCUGGCGGCUCCGAGCGGGUGAGGCCGCUCACCGCGCUCCGUGCCCCCGGUAGGGCGCUGCUACCUCGCCUCGGCGAGUGGCCGGGCCCGCCGCCGCGCCUCAGCCGUCCGAGUCCUUCACCCAAAUCCCGUAUUCCUGCUCUGUGUUAGCGGUUGUGCAUCUCCAAUGCGUGUAUCCGGAGCAAACGCUGCGUGAAACUGGUUCCAAAUCAAAGCUGCGCUCCAGCCCCAAAGCUCCCUGCUAGAGACAACCCAUCGUCUCCCUUCUCGCUUCGGUUGCGUUUCUGUGUACAGCCCUUAACACAAUAUCCACUAUCAUCAUCAUUUGCUGAAGUUUAAAUGAUGCACGCGUGGCAGGGAAGCCGCUAACAGAACUUGACAGAACUCUAGCUCUGUGCUUGGCGUGCAGAAGAUGAAGAAGCUGAUUAGUGCUUUGUCACUUACAGUGUUUGUAACGAACGUUUUUCAUUUCCUUCAUCUUAUGCUCCUGGGGCCUGACCCAAGACCCACUGCAGCUCAGCAGAGGCUUUCUGCUUGCUUCACGCAGUGCAGCUGACACGGCUUGUAACGAAGCCUGCGUUCCCACUGGAAAGAGUUCACUUGAUAAAAAAUUAGCCUGAAGCCUCUCGCUGAAAUCUGGAACUACUUUUAACCCAAACUGUAGCAGCUAAGCGCCCAUUCUGCUUUUAACUGGUUUCAAAUGCUAAAAAACACCCUGGGACUUUUUAAUGGAGGCUAUUCCAUGAAUAGAGGAUGUUCUUGCCAAAGUUCUGCACCAGAUAACUGAGCAAUCUUCAUUUCCCUUUUCCUCCUGAAGUGGGUCUCCCACGCACCAGCACUACAAACAGAGCUCACCCCCACCACCCUGAGUUCCUAUGUGUAGCACAGCAAGGAGUCACACUGCACAGUGCUUAAAGCUUCUCACAAUCUGAGUAACAGCCCCACAACGGCCAUUUAUGGACACUACCAGAUGGACAUUAGGAAUUACCGCAGUCGCUGCGCAGAGAUUAUACUUCUUUGCAAAGAAGCUCAGCUUUGUAUUAUCCAACCAGGCUGGAGCCAUUCAAUUUGCUGCCCUAAGCCAUAAUAUCUGCUUUUUCAGAAAUGAGAACAGAAGAUGGAUUAGUUGAAAUCGAUUUAUUAUAGAACACGGGAAAGCAUCCAUCAAAACAAAGCAAACAGUUCUAAAUAUUCAUGCAGUGGUACUGUCUGCUAAAUGAGCAUUCCUGAAGCAUCCAAAAAUGUUCAGUUUGCAAAGAUCUCUGAGCAAAACAUGUCUGAAAGCAGCUCUGCAUGUCAGCAGCUAUAUAUAGAGAAGCACAUACAGCUGUGCAUAUGCCCAGUAGAGUCUGUGUGCUCACGCAGCGCAGCAUUACAGCAGCACUGGCCCUGGCUGUGCCAACUGACACAACUGUUAUGUUUUGAAAUAUUUGUGACUCUCGUAAUUAGUGAUUUCCUGUGGAAUUCAUUGAAGUCCUUCAUCUCUUUCAGAGCCCACAUCAGUCUCAGAGCUCGUUCUCGCUGCAUAGAGCUUUCCCUGCUGAAGCCAGCUGCACUUUGCUAAUUGCUAUCUCCUCUAGGUGCAAGAUGACAGGAAAUACGGGUAACUUACACAGUAUUUAUUUACUUUUUCAAACCCCAUGUUUUCAUUCUAGAUGGGUCAUUGUCUGUAAUGUAGAAAAGCUGCAUUUGGAACAACUGAUUUUUAACUCUGAAAACACAUCCUUUUUAUCCCAGUUUGAGAUUACUUCUAUAGCACCGUGUCAGCACAUGGAAACUGAAUAUAUUCAUUUCUGUGCACCAAUCUGAUGUGUGGAACGUUUGUGUAUCAUCUGUCUUGGUUACAAAGAAGGCAAUGUCCUAGGAUAGCUGACUGGGCCAUUUGUCUGAGAAAUUCCAUAAGCCUAUAGUGCCAUGAUUAUUUUUCACUACUUUUGACACUGAGCUUGCACAGCAAAUGUGCCUGUGCAAGAUCCGCAAAAGCUACCAGAAAUGCCUGCAGAAGGAGCUGUUCUUUCCCCCCCCCCUCCCAUUCCCCCCUCCUCCCACCACCCCACACCCUGUAUAUUUAAUUGCUGUUGCAGUUCAUGGUCUCUUUUCCCCAUAAUCCUCUAUUAUAGCAGAACUGAAAAAGAAUUAGGGGCUCACGUUUGGUUUGGAUAAAAUCCUGAAAUGUGGAUGUGCCUCUGAAUUACCUCAUCGUCUCAGUUUGAGCCCUCAGCUGAACUUUGUCCUAAAAUCCACCUCUGGAGAAACAGUGAAAAGUUCAGUACAGGCUUCAAAAACAUGGAAUCAUGCCUUUGAUCAUCACAGCAGCUCAGGCUCUUAGGAUGCCCCCAGGUGUUUGGGCUCCUUGUGACACCGGCCAUGCCGCCCUUUGCUGCAGCUUGUGCUGGUGCCCCACUGGUUAGGCUGCCUGGAAAUCUCAGCCCACAGAACCCACUUCGAGCACUAAAUAUUAGCUGGACUGAAAGCACAACGAGGGACAUCGAAUCUCCUCUCCUUUCCUAUUAGCUGCAAGAGCCGAGCAUCAGAAAGCGCAGGCUCCAUUUGUACUGCUGCUGCCAGCUGUGCUCCCAGACCUCAGCAGAUGGCACUGUCACAUCAGCCUGGGCAUAGGAAAGAGGAGCACACAGAUUGUGUUUUCACAGUUGCACAGAAUCAUAGAAUAUCCGGAGUUGGAAGGGACCCAUAAGGAUCAUCGAGUCCAACUCCUGGCUGCACACAGAACCAUUUAAAAAGGAGCCCAUAGAACUGAGCGUUGUGCAGACAGUCCCUGUACUGCUGCAGGACUGGGGCCGUGCCCGCUACCCUGGGGAGCCUGUGCCAGUGCCUGCCCACCUUCUGGUGAAGAACCUUUCCCUGGUAGCCAACCUGAAUGUCCUCUGAGGUUAGCCCGAGCACUAAGAAUAGCGAAAUAAUUGGAGACUUUCCGUGGAAUUUCUGCAACGCAAAGGUCAGAUGUUCUGUACAAAAGCGCAGACCAAGGACAGUGAUACCGCCUGACCUAAAGGACUCAUGGGCUGAGAAGCUUGCCUGCUUGUUUUCAGCAUUUUAAUUGACCUGCUGCAACAUUUCGCUUCAGCACGUAUUUUCACAGCAUCAUGGAACCGUUUGAAUCAGAAGAGACCCUUAAAAGCCACCUGGUCCAGCUCUCCCACAACAAACAGGGACGCCUACAGCUAGGUCAGGCCGCUCAGAGCCCAGUCCAGCCCGACCCCUCCGAGCCUCCCGGCGGGGCCGCGGCCGGGAGGAGCCCGAUGCCGCCGCGGCCGCCUCCCUCCCUCCCUCUUUCCUUCCCGCCCAGCGUCCGGCGCUGCCUCCCCGCAGCAGAGCUGGGGAUGGCGGGGCUGGCCGGGGCGCUCUGCCUCGCCGCCGCCGCCGCCUGCCUGCUCCCGGCGCAAGGGCGGGAGAGCGACGCGGGAUGGACUCAACAGAAGUAUUCUCACCAACCAAGUAUUUUGCAUCCUGAUGCUAUCCAAAAUGUUGCAGAAAAAACAGAUGUUUCUGAAAUGUGGGAGAAUGAUUUGCGCCCCAUCCUGAUAGAAAGAUACCCAGGGUCACCAGGAAAUCACGCCGUACGACAGCACAUCAAGCAGCGCCUUCAAAGACUCCAGGCUGGUUGGGAAAUUGAAGAAGAUACCUUUCAAAAGUACACACCCUAUGGGUAUCAAACAUUUUCAAAUAUCAUCAGCACUCUCAACCCCUCUGCAAAGCGCCACCUGGUCCUCGCUUGUCACUACGACUCAAAGUUCUUUGGCCCACAGUGGCAUGGAAGAGUGUUUGUGGGAGCAACCGACUCAGCUGUGCCCUGUGCCAUGAUGUUGGAGCUGGCACGUGCCCUGGACAACAAGCUUCAGUCCAUCCAGACAAGCUCAACAUCAAGACCAGACCUUUCACUUCAGCUUAUUUUUUUUGAUGGAGAAGAAGCUUUCGUCCGGUGGUCCCCCUCUGAUUCCCUCUAUGGGUCUCAACACUUGGCUCAAAAAAUGGUAUCUACUCCACAUCCACCAGGUUCAACCACCACAAAUCAACUCCAGGGCAUGGACCUGCUGGUACUACUGGAUUUAAUUGGUGCACCAAAUCCUGUCUUUCCCAAUUAUUUUCCAAACACUAGCCGAUGGUUUCAGAGGCUUCAAGCAAUUGAGCAGAAGCUACACGGUAUGAAUCUGUUGAAGAAUCACCUUGAUGAAACACAGUAUUUCCAGAAUAAUGUACAUCGAGGCUUGGUUGAGGAUGACCACGUUCCAUUUCUAUUGAGAGGGGUUCCAGUCCUACAUCUGAUCCCAUCCCCUUUUCCUGAAGUAUGGCACACUAUGGAGGACACUGAAGAAAACCUUGACCAAACCACUAUUGAGAACCUCAGCAAAAUCCUCCAGGUGUUCGUACUGGAAUAUCUAAACCUGUGACAGAAACAUUGGCUGCAAAUCUUACUUCAUUUUAAAUGUUGUUUGCUCACCUUCACUUCUGUUAUUUAAUUACAUCAGAGUGCACUGAAGCAAAGCAAAAUACGGCGAUAGUUCUUGUUACACUGAUUACUGAUUCUGUUGUUCCCAGCUCAAUGUUCCAUAUAAAGAAAUAAAAGAUGGCAUUAAAUAAAAAUUAGUUUCAGUCCAGAAAUAAUUUGAUCUUUCAAUAUCUUACCUCUGAAUAGACCAAAAUAAAAUUCCAGAGUUUUCCCACAUUGUUAUCACCAUUUUUAUGUCACACAUUAAGAUUCCAAUAGGGGAUGCCUUCAGAUGCGUUCAGCUAAAAAUUUUUUUUUACAAGGUGUUACCAACUUUAGCAGCCUUCAGCAAUGGAAAUUUUUUAACACAUUACCAAAAAAGGCAAAAAUCACAUUAAAACAAACUUUGCUCUGGGCUGAACCAAAUCACAUGAUCAUGAAAUCAGCUCCAAGAACUCCUGACACACAAUAGGGAUUUGUUACUCUCUCUGUUCUCUUCCCUCCUUUCCUUAAGAGGGAGGCUGCAGGGCCACCAGGAAAUAAGAACAUAGCACGAAAAUCAAUUUUCUCCCAGUUGUUUCUGGAUACUUUUUGAUGGAGAAACUGGUGAGGAGUGAGAGCAGCGGGAAGGACUGUGGGGACUUCCACUGUGCUUCAGCUGCACACAGAACAGGCACUAUGUGGGAGCAAUGACCAAACACAGUGUUUGUGCACCUCAGAAUCAUUCAAAAUUUGAUCCAAAGUAAUAGGAAAACUGUUUGUAAGAAAGAUUACGUCAGAAGUAGCCAUACUAUGAAUGUGAUCAUUUUGGAAACUGCAGUUUUAUGUAGCUAUCAUUUUAAAAGCAAUAUGCUAUCUAUACAGACUGAACUAAGUAGAGGAGUGAGAAGACAACAUCUUCUCAGCCAGGAACCUCUAUCAGAAGAAGAUACUCACCAUUCUAACAACCCUGCACUUGUACAUUUCUUACUGGAAUUGUUCAAUACAUUUAGUGUAGCACUAUGGCAGCACAAAUCUACCUGCAAUGACAUCAGUUAACAGAAGAAGCAGGACAUCUGAAAAAGAAAAUCAAACAGCAUAUUAAUUAAUUAAGCUGGUAGAAGAUGAAGUCAGUAUUUGCCCGUUUUGAACUUCCAUCAUUACAAAGUUCUAUACUGGACACAGAAAUGUGUGCAAUGCACACUGCUACUCUGGUUCUUCAAGAACGUGAAGGUUAACCUAAAACAGACCUCAUUAAGAAACAUGGGAGCAGAGGGUUGUUGUAACUGGAAAAUGGACAAAGCCUAGUUUUUAAAAAAAUCUAUUGCAGGGAGUUGAAACAGCAUUAUAAUUAUGCAGUUGAAAGCAAUUGUCCUUGAGUGUGCCAUUCUCUUAAGUUCACUUGGUUCAAAGAAAUGACACAGAGAUUGCUCUGUUGUUCAACACAAAGAGGGAUUAUUUGCUUUCCUCACUAACUGCAUGUGAGGCCCAGAAAGGGUUUCCUUCAAGAGGCACACAACUGUCAUUUUUAGAAGAGGAGGGCAACUUAAACAUCCUGGCAGCUUAAAUGACCUGUCAUUCAUUUGAAAACUGCUGAUGGAAAAUGUAUAUCAGCCCAGCAGCCACAUGACUAUGGAUCUAAAGCCCAAAAAAUUGUCAGUAAAGACAUGAUACAAGAUGGGUCCUCACUGCUUCUAAGCCAAAGCAGAACAAGCAGGUAGGAGACAGUCUGUACCAACUCGAGUCUGGUAAAAUGCCAGGGAAAAUACUAGUGACAAGACCAGGACUGGCAGUGCAGUACAGACAAUCAGUUCAGAAUUCAGAGCCCAGCUUCAUGUUGAAGUUCAUUUCCCUGGGUUGGUUUCUCCUUCCCUGUCGAAUGUCUGCACCAGGGGACAGAAACCACCAGGAGGAAUUUUAAGUAAUCUUAAAACUAAAGAAAUCAGCAAAGGACUUUCCCUUAAAUAGGGUUAGUCACAUUUCUGUCAAGUAAAAAAUGAAUCCACCA